AUGGUGGUGAUCCUUCUCAACUGCGUCACUCUGGGGAUGUUCCAGCCCUGCGAAGACGUCUCCUGCCAGUCCGAGUGGUGCCGAAUAUUACAGGUGUUGGACGACUGCAUCUUUGCGUUCUUCGCCGUGGAGAUGGUCAUCAAGAUGGUGGCGCUGGGGAUUUUUGGGCCCAACUGUUACCUUGGCGACAAGUGGAACCAGCUGGAUUUUGUUAUCGUCAUGGCGGGGGUGAUGGAGUACUCCUUGGACGGACACAACGCCAGUCUGUCCGCCAUCAGGACGGUGCGGGUGCUCAGACCACUGCGCGCCAUCAACAGAGUGCCAAGUAUGCGGAUCCUGGUGACUCUGCUGCUGGACACUCUGCCCAUGUUGGGAAAUGUGCUCCUCUUGUGCUUCUUCGUCUUUUUCAUUUUUGGGAUUGUGGGGGUGCAACUGUGGGCGGGGCUUCUGAGGAACCGCUGCUUCUUGGGAGAGGAUAUCCGCACCAUAUACAACAAGUCCAUCCCUCCCUACUACAUGGACGAGGAUGGCGAGGACAGCCCGUUCAUCUGCUCGGCUCCUCGGGAGAACGGCAUGCUGCGCUGUACCGCCGUACCCGCGUAUGAGGUGUCGGGGGUGGAGUGCACGCAGCCCGCCUCGUCGAUGGGCGUGGUCAGUGCCAACAAGUGUGUCAACUGGAACCAGUACUAUAACGUGUGCCGCCCCGGGGAGCUCAACCCGCACAAGGGAGCGGUCAACUUUGACAACAUCGGCUACGCCUGGAUAGCCAUAUUCCAGGUCAUAACUCUGGAGGGAUGGGUAGAUAUCAUGUACUAUGUCAUGGACGCUCACUCCUUCUACAAUUUUGUAUAUUUUAUACUUCUUAUUAUUGUGGGUUCAUUCUUCAUGAUUAACUUGUGCCUGGUGGUCAUUGCCACCCAGUUUUCUGAGACAAAGCAGCGUGAGAACGCUCUGAUGAGGGAGCAGCGUGCCCGCUACAUGUCCAACGACUCCACACUGGCCAGCUACAGCGAGCCGGGCUCCUGUUACGAAGAGAUGCUGCGCUACAUCAGUCACCUGUACCGGAAGCUCACGCGUCGAGUCCAGAGAAUAUACUCGGGCUGGCACAGUAAAAGGCGUAAAAAAGUCAACCCAAACGGCAGCGGUGGCGGUAACGGCGGUGGUAACGGCCACAGUUCCAGUCGUGGCGUCGGGAGCUCGGGUCCAAACAACAGUUUGUGGCUCAGACCCAUUCACAGCCUCCUACAGACCCACCAGCACCAACACUGUCGCCUUAGCAACGGAGGCCAGCACACACUCAAGAUGGACUUCGGUGAUCACAGUGAGGCCCCACGCUGCCUGGAGACCGGAGAAGAGCUGGAGAUGAGGGCCCUCCCGGUACGCAGAGGAAACGCCAACGGGGGCCGCAGUAGCUCCUCCGUGACACCGGGCAUGGGGGCGUUGCUGGGCCGGCUGAAUGGGGGCAUGAACUACCCCACCAUCCUGCCCUCGUUCGUGUGUAGUUAUCGCAGCAAGAGUCCAUCGCCGCAUUCCCGCAGCCCAGAGCAGAGGCCCUCCCAGCAGGCCGGAUCAGAGCACACCGAGACCCUCAACAAGCUCUACACACUCAUGGGACAGCACAGUCGACAGAGGUUGCUGUACCAGUUGGCCGGCCUGGUGCCCAGCCCGCUGCUGCUAGAGCUGCUCAGCUGUCCACAGUGCGCCCGGAGUCUGGACACGCUGGAGCUGGAGGGCGACCCCGACGGUCUGCAUGACUUCCCCCAGGGGGCAGAGCUGCGAGGCAUGCGGGGGCGGACACGGCGGCGCGGCGUGGGCGACUACAAAAACGGGGUGCUGAGGGUCUGGAGAGACUUCAGGGAAAAGCUCAAACGCAUCGUGGAGAGUAAAUACUUCAACCGAGGGAUCAUGAUUGCCAUCCUGGUCAACACCCUGAGCAUGGGCAUCGAGUACCACAAGCAGCCGGAGGAGCUCACGGACGUGUUGGAGAUCAGCAACAUCGUCUUCACCAGUAUGUUUGUGCUGGAGAUGGGCUUCAUGCUGCUGGCCUUUGGACUCUUCGGAUACAUCAAGAAUCCAUACAACAUCUUUGACAGCAUCAUCGUCAUCAUCAGUGUCUGGGAGAUCAUCGGGCAGUCGGAUGGAGGCCUGUCGGUGCUCAGGACCUUCAGGCUGCUGCGGGUGCUGAAGCUGGUGCGCUUCCUGCCCGCGCUCCGGAGACAACUGGUGGUCCUGAUGAAGACCAUGGACAACGUGGCCACCUUCUGCAUGCUCCUCAUGCUCUUCAUCUUCACAUUCAGUAUUCUGGGCAUGCAUCUGUUCGGUUGUAAGUUCAGCCUGCAAACGGACACCGGAGACACCAUUCCUGACCGCAAGAACUUUGAUUCUUUGUUGUGGGCCAUUGUCACAGUGUUUCAGAUCCUGACCCAAGAGGACUGGAACGUGGUCCUAUAUAACGGCAUGGCUUCCACCUCCCCAUGGGCCGCGCUCUAUUUCGUGGCUCUCAUGACGUUCGGCAAUUACGUGCUCUUCAAUUUACUGGUGGCCAUUUUGGUGGAGGGCUUCCAGGCGGAGGGAGAUGCAAAUCGGUCUGAAUCUGACGAUGAGGGGAAAUCGGAUAACUUUUCAGAAGAUGAGAAAGUGGAGCAGCUGCGAGACACGGAGCUGAAGAUGUACUCCCUCAUGAUGACCGCCAAUGGGCACGUGGAACGCGGCUCUGUGGCUCCGCCCAUUAUUAUGCACACUGCUGCCACGCCCAUGCCCACGCCCAAGAGCUCCCUGGGGCCCGACUCCAUCCUGGGGGACGAGCAGCAGUUCAGAGACGCCAUCUCUCUGUCUGAAAGCGGGAGUGCGACUGCGGAGUCUCGAGGCGCUGGCACGUCCAUAGACCCCAUCGCGUACGACCAGCGUUCUUUGCAGAGCAUCUCUAGUCCUGGGCGACGCUCUCCGGCUCUCCCUCGCGGCGCAGGCAGCUCGUGGGGCAGCCGGCGCUCCAGCUGGAACAGUCUGGGAAGGGCCCCGAGCCUCAAGAGACGAGACACCAGCGGAGAGCGAGAGAGCCUGCUGUCCGGAGAGGGAGGAGGGGAGGAGGAGAACGCAGAGGAGGAGAAAGAAGACCCCAACAGACUGCGGCCUGCUUCUCUGGAGAUCCUGCAGGCAUCUACGCUCUGCCCCUCCAUAGUGACGGAGUACGGCGACUGCAACGGGCGCACCAUCUACGAACCGCCCAACAUCAGCGCCGACCUCAAAGACGACAACAACGAUGAUGAGCUGGACGACGAUAGUUCAUUCUGCUUCUUUGUGAAGAGGGAGCUGCAGAAUCUGAAGCCAGUCUGGUGCAAAGAGCACGAGGACUGGAACUUGUACUUGUUUUCCCCUGAGAACCGCUUUCGUGUAUGGAGCCAAGCGAUCAUCUCCCACAAGCUGUUUGACCACAUUGUCCUGUUCUUCAUCUUCCUCAACUGCAUCACCAUUGCCUUGGAGCGACCCGACAUACAGAAAGACAGCAAGGAGCGGCUGUUUCUGAGUGUUUCCAAUUAUGUUUUCACUGUGAUCUUCCUGGCGGAGAUGGCCAUUAAGGUGGUGGCUCUGGGCUUCUGCUUCGGCCCACAGACCUACCUUCAGUCCAGCUGGAACGUUCUGGAUGGGCUGCUGGUGUUCGUGUCUCUGGUGGACAUCCUGGUGACUCUGGCAAACCCCGGAGGGAACAGGAUCCUGGGGAUUCUGAGGGUCCUGCGUCUGCUCCGGACCCUGCGCCCGCUCAGGGUGAUCAGCCGCGCCCCGGGCCUCAAACUGGUGGUGGAAACUCUCAUCACGUCACUGAGACCCAUCGGCAACAUUGUCCUCAUCUGCUGUGCUUUCUUCAUUAUCUUUGGCAUCCUGGGAGUGCAGCUCUUCAAAGGGAAAUUCUACCACUGUGAAGGCACGGACACCAAAAACAUCACCAACAAGUCCGACUGUCUGGAGGCAAAUUACCGCUGGAUUCGGAGGAAAUAUAACUUUGACAACCUUGUUCAGGCGCUGAUGUCUCUGUUUGUGCUGUCCUGUAAAGACGGCUGGGUCAAUAUCAUGUACGAUGGACUGGAUGCAGUUGGGGUCGACCAACAGCCGGUGCGGAACCACAACCCCUGGAUGCUGCUCUACUUCAUCUCCUUCCUCCUCAUCGUCAGCUUCUUCGUGCUCAACAUGUUCGUGGGUGUGGUAGUGGAGAACUUCCACAAGUGCCGUCAGGACCAGGAGGAGGAGGAGGCGCGCCUGCGGGAGGAGAAACGGAAGAAGAUGCUUGAGAAAAGGCGCAGGAGUAAGGAGAAUGGAGGGGCUGAGGCCAAGCAGAGGCCGUACUACGCAGACUACUCCCCCGUGCGCCUCUACGUCCACACCCUGUGCACCAGCCACUACCUGGACCUCUUCAUCACCUUCAUCAUCUGCAUCAACGUCUUCACCAUGAGCAUCGAGCACUACAACCAGCCUCAGUAUUUGGAGGAGGUUCUGAAGUACUGCAACUAUGUGUUCACGUGCAUUUUUGUGGUGGAGGCUCUGCUGAAACUGUUGGCUUUUGGAAUACAACGUUUUUUUAAAGACAGGUGGAACCAGCUGGACAUUGCGAUCGUGGCCUUGUCCAUAAUGGGCAUCACGCUGGAGGAGCUGAAGAUGAGCGCCGCGCUGCCCAUAAACCCCACCAUCAUCCGCAUCAUGAGGGUGCUGCGAAUCGCUCGAGUGCUGAAGCUUCUAAAAAUGGCUAAAGGGAUGAGAUCUCUGCUGGACACCGUCAUGCAGGCGCUCCCCCAGGUGGGAAAUCUCGGCCUUCUCUUUAUGCUGCUGUUCUUCAUCUACGCUGCGCUCGGAGUGGAGCUGUUCGGAAAACUGGAGUGUAACGAAUAUAACCCGUGCGAGGGGCUGAGCCGACAUGCCACCUUCGAGAAUUUCGGCAUGGCGUUCCUGACACUGUUCCGGGUGUCCACGGGAGACAACUGGAACGGGAUUAUGAAAGACACGCUGCGGGAAUGUCGCCCUGAAGACAAACACUGCAUGACCUACCUGCCCCUGGUCUCGCCCAUCUACUUCGUCACCUUCGUGCUCAUGGCUCAGUUUGUCCUGGUCAACGUGGUGGUGGCUGUUUUAAUGAAGCACCUGGAGGAAAGCAACAAGGAGGCUAAGGAAGACGCGGAGAUUGACGCUGAAAUUGAACUGGAGAUGGCCCUAGAGAACCAGCGGCGAGCGAGCACAGGGUCCAACAGCAGCUCAGUGGGCGGGACCUACAUCGGCCCCUGUCCCAACUCUCCAGAAGAGGAGGAGGAGCAGCAGUACAAGCAGCAGGACCCCUCCUCCACAAAGAUGUCCGUAUCCAGGAUGCACUCUCUGCCCAACGACAGCUACAUGUUCAGACCCGUGCGCCCGGCCAGCGCCCCCUACCCUCUGGAGGAGGUGGAGCACAGUCCCCCACACACAGGUUCGGUGACGUCGGUCCACUCCCAGCCGUGUGAGAGGCGCUCUCUGCUACAGGUCCCCGACAUAUCCCCCAUCCACCAGCCCAGCCCCCCUGUGGCCCCGCCCCGCAUCGCCCCGCCCACCCCCAGCCCAGAGCACAGAGCCCUGCGCAGACAGGUGGCGGUCAAAGUGGACUCAGUGGAGUUCCAAAGCUCUGAGCAACAGGGCAGACCCAACCCUCGGCGUGUGCCCCCUCCGCUCCCUCAGCCAGCUUCUCCCUGUGCCCUCCCGCCUCCUCCCCCCUCCUCCCCCUCAGCUCUGGCCCCUCCCUCACCCUCCUCUCUGUCCCUCCCCCCUCCCUCACCUCUGCUGUGCUCUGCCCUCCCUCCUCCCCCCUGCUCCCCCGCUCGACUCCUGCCUCCCCCGCCCUCACCUCGCCUCCCCCUGCGGCCCCCCAGCCUGCGGCGAGCCCGACCCUCGCUGGAGCCUCGAGACCCUACGGACGAGGAGGUGUGCCACAUCACCAGUGCUGCGUGUGGUCAGUGGGGGGAGGGGCCUGAGCACAAAGUGACCUCCUGUAGGAGCCUCUCUCUGUCUCCUUACGCACCUCCUUUCUGUCACGACUCUGGCCCCACUGCUCCGGACCCCGCCCUCGGCUUGGCCUCACGGAGCGCGCUCAGUCUGAUCGCUGCCUCAACAGAGUGUCACCUGCAGAAGGGCUUCAGCACCGACCCCCAGUGUAUGCUGGGUAAAACGCUGUCCGCCGGUCUCCCUGAUGACCAGCGGCGACACUCCAUCGAGGUGUGCCUCCCUCAGCUCGUCUUCACCAGUGACGAGGCCCCGGAGCCGAGGCAGCGGCCAGAGAGGGUCCCUGUGCGAGUGCAGUCUGUGGGAGGGGGCCACAGGAAGAAGAAGAUGAGUCCCCCGUGCAUCUCCAUCCAUCCCCCUCCUCACCCCGGCUCUCCCCCCAAUCUGUCCGACUGCAGCAGCCUGCUGCGGAGGAGAACGCCAUCGUACGACCUCAGCCCUCACACACUGUCACAGGAGCCAUGUGCGGACACACAGACCCCGCUAACCCCCCUGACCCCGCUCACCCCCGUACACAGACCUCUACGAGUGCAUUCUCCAAGCCACACUCUGGCGCCCUCUGCAGGCCCCACCCUCAGCCCGUCCCUCACCCCUCCUCACGGUAUGCCGCACAUCCCCAUCAGCCCAAACAUUUUCAUCCAGCCCAGAGCGCCCCUGGGGGCCAGGCCCUGCAGUCAGAGCCCCUCCCCACGUCACUCUCCUCACCCGGGGGACUACAGCGCUCUCCCACAGUUCACCUUCGAUCAGCCGCAGACUCACUACAUGAGCGGCCUGCAGCCCGGCCUGUCAGACAGCGACGGCCCAGCAUGCACCUCUCCUUUUGACAACAGACUGAGGAGCAGCCCGGGCUUCAGUGCCAAGAACCGCAGGACUGCUCAGUGA